AUGAUUCUUUUCCUUCAUGAUUCUUUUCCUUCAUGCCUCUUUUCCUUCAUGCCUCUUUUCCUUCAUGCCUCUUUUCCUUCAUGCCUCUUUUCCUUCAUGAUUCUUUUCCUUCAUAAUUCUUUCCGUUCGUGUUUCUUUCCGUUCGUGUUUCUUUUCCUCAUUGAUUCUUUUUUUCAUGCCUCUUUUCCUUCAUGCCUCUUUUCCUUCAUGCCUCUUUUCCUUCAUGCCUCUUUUCCUUCAUGCCUCUUUUCCUUCAUGAUUCUUUCCUCAUUGAUUCUUUUCUUUCAUGCCUUUUUUCUUUCAUGCCUCUUUUCUUUCAUGCCUCUUUUCCUUCAUGCCUCUUUUCCUUCAUGCCUCUUUUCCUUCAUGAUUCUUCUCCUUCAUGAUUCUUUCCUCAUUGAUUCUUUUCUUUCAUGCCUCUUUUCCUUCAUGCCUCUUUUCCUCAUUGAUUCUUUUCCUUCAUGCCUCUUUUCUUUCAUGCCUCUUUUCUUUCAUGCUUCUUGUCCUUCAUAA